AUGCCAUCGCACACGCUGCUUCGCAAGUCCUCAGUAUCACUUUCGCGAAGUCAGGCGCCUCGCCAGCGUUCCAGCGAAAAAGUUGCCCUAAAAUCACCGCAAAAUGGAAGGAACAAUAGCUUGCCUGCUUCAGUCAGACCAAAGCGCUUGAUGUCGGAUCCUUCUGGCAACUAUUCCACAGCAGGGUCAUCGUGCACGGAAACGACGAUACCCUUCGAUACGAGCGCAUCCUCACUGUCUCACCAAAAAACUUCAAAUUCAAAGGCUUCUUCAGGUGAAGAUCUUACAAAGUUAGUUAACCAAAGCUACUCUAAUUCAGGUACAUCCACCGCAGAAAUAGAACGAUUACGGCUUGCUAUGAAUACAAAGCUCCAAUUGAAACAGCGCCGACGAAAACUAGAUCGUCAAUCGACUGAAAGGAGAACAAGAACUAAAGAAGAACCAUUAUUGAGUAAUUGCAGCAGACGAAGAUCUCUUCAUCUCGAGGAAAUGUCACCACCAACAUGGCAAGAGAUAUGCCCAUCUAUCAAAUCAUUUAAUACAGAGACUCUCUACACCGAACCAGGUACUCAAUUUCGGCAAGAGGGAACGCCAUCCGUGGAAGUAACUGCAAAUCAAUCAUCGUUUCCCUACCCUACGCCUCGCGCCAAUGGAUAUUCUAAUUUUAGAAACCGGCUUUAUGCUACUCCCAAAGACCACCCCGAUUUAUAUCCCAUAGGUCCACUGGAUUCACUCAUAUCCGGAACCGUGACUCCAUCCUCAGCGUUUUUUCUUCAAUCGGCCGGGUCAAAUGAUGUCGAAGAGGAUUCAAAUUAUGCGACUCCCGACAUAUACGAACUUUCCUUGAUGCUUGGAUCAGAACCUGGUCUAGAGCCUUGGUGGACCACAGUAAUCGAAAUCAUGAAAAAUUCAUACGGCGCUCAAAGAGUCACCUUAUCCGUUCCUGCAGAUUCUACCGAUAUUGAAAAUGUUCCCUGGGGUCAAAAAGCUACUUUUAGUGUAGCUAGCCUUGUAGGCAUCAGCAAAAAAUCUGUACCUGAAGUUCGUCACACUCCUAAAGUCGUCGCUAAUAAGCCCUCGACGAGGAUAUCAGAAGAAAAAGCCUCUAGGUGUGAUCCACAACCUGUUUUGUCCAAACCAAAUAGUUCACGACCUCACCUACCCAACAGGCAUUCAUUCACUGCUUACGAAGACUCUAAGUAUGAGUUUAAUCAACCUCCCCCGACAAGAAAAGCAACCCUACCAGCCACUAAUGUUAUGCCGAGAAACAAAUACCAACUAAACCAUCGCCCCGAUGCCCCACCACGCACUGGUACUCUUCAGAAUGCUCAGAUAAACCUUCAGACUUUUAAAGACCACUUCGAAUUUGACCCACCCCAGACACUAGAGGGAUGGGAUGGGAUUGAGCAGUCGAGUCGAGAACCCACGGGAUGCAUGUUCCCAGUCCUCCAAGCUCUUGACUGUGAAACUGAUCCAUUGAUCGAUAAUAAGGGUGUCUUAAGAGUCCUGCAACGGGGUAAAGUUAUCGCACUGACUCGUGAUUACCCAUACGUUGAUUCAUCGAAGUCUGAGGAAAGGACCACCGGUACUAGUUGGCAAUGUCCUACCUCCAAAGCACCAGUCUGCGAAAAGCUGAAGACCCGAACAAUAGAGAUUGGAUCAAGAUUCUCGUCCUUACACAGCCACAGACCCAGCAAGCGAAGCAUGGGUAGCGUAUUCAAUACACAGGCUUGUGAUAAGGGACAAGAACAAAAUUACGAUGAGUACGAGCAACCUCCAGCUUCUCCCUGGUCACAGUCUCCUGCUCCAUCGCCUGCCGUUCACGUCGAAACAUCCGAGAACAUGUUUUUUUCCAAUAUACAAGCUGUUGAUGAAGAAAGUUUUAAUCCACAACAAACACCUCCAGACUAUGCUGAAGGUCCUCAACCUGAAAUUAUAGGCGCCGAUAGAUCGAGCACAGUAUUGCACAUUCCUCUCUUCCACCCCCUUCUCUCCAAACCUGUCCAAUCAUUUCGGCUAGAUGCGUCUGCUCUGAAGUCAAGAUUUUCAGGACAUGUCAAAGAUCGUCCAUCCAAAGAAUCUACCGGUGAUAGCAUGUCACCCUCUCACGAAAAGAAACCAAGAAGAAUGCCAAUUGCCAUUUUGUCCAUACUGACACCAAUAAUUCCGUAUCCAUCAAAACUUCGUGAUUCUCUAGAGUUAUUAGCACCUCAUCUCGCAACUACUUUUUCUCUAUGUCGUCACUAUUCUAAUCUAGAGACUGAGAUAGCUGGUCUAGCUCGUAAGAGACCAUCCACAGUUGGGUUCGGAGCAGUAGUGCCUGGUACCAUCCUGCGUCCAGUAGAGGACUCAUAUUUAUUGGAGUCAACUCAUCGCUCUACAAUGGAUGAUAUGGCACAGCAACGUUCGCUUGGAGGUAGCCUUACAAGUCCAAGCGAUUAUUCGGGACUUUCAAGAAGUAAUGCUGGAUCGCUUGUUGGCACACCAGCUUGUGAUUCUGGAGGUAAUGGUUUACAAGAUAAGCGCCCGGUAUCCGAAAGUCCGAACUAUGCAGGCGUUGAAGGCUAUUUUAGCCACAGAGCUAGACCCGUUCUUAGUAAGGUUGAUUUUGGAUCUUCAGUCAAGACACGAAAUGUUUCCAAGGACUUAUCUCCUGUAGGAGCUAGGAUACAAAUGGAAAUUUACGAUGCAGACGGUCAUCAUCCAGAUCAGGACAAUAAAUUUGAUAAUCAAGAGCAGAUAUUCAGGGAGCGUGUGCUCGUGGAACCUAGUAACAGUUCCGAUGCUGAGUCCCGGCAGGGCAUUUCCAAGGAGGUGCUCAGCUAUACGCCUGAGGUCAUGGAUACUAGCUCAUUUAGUCAUUUAUCAACUGAACCUAUACCCCCCAAGAGCUUCGCAGCCCGGUCAGUCUUACAUCAUGCUUGUCCGAGAACAGAUAGACCAUCAGUAUCACACACUUUACUUCAUUCUUACGGUGCCGAUUUUGGAGCGACGUUUCAGCCAUUACCAUCAACCACUCGUAACCGUGCUCCCAAGCUAAAAACCCACAAUCGUUCCACCUCAAUACCAGAGCUUACAACUUCGGAAUAUAUGCCUCCACCAUCUGAUCGGGUUAAAGGGAUCCUACUUGAUUCACUACCCCUUCAACUUUUUAUAGCUGUACCCCCUACCGGAGAAAUUGUUUGGGUUAAUAGCCGUUACUUAAGUUACCGUGGGCAAACAGUGGACAACCUAUACGAAAAUCCCUGGGGUAGUAUACACCCUGAGGAGCGAAAAGAAUACUUGAAGUCAUGGAAGCAUGCUCUACGCACUGGUGAACACUUUGCAAUGCAAGCUCGCCUUCGUAGGUUCGAUGGUUCAUAUCGAUGGUUUUAUACAAGAGCUUCUGGACUAAGAGAUGGUCGUGGGGUCGUCGUACAGUGGCAUGGAACAUCUAUGGAUAUACAUGAACAGCACGUAGCUGAAGUAAAGGCAGCUCGGCAAGAAGAAAUUGAGGCCUCGGAAGCGAAGCAUCGUCGACUUGCAAACUUGAUACCACAAAUAAUCUUCUCUGCCACUGAAGACGACGGGGUAACUUUUGCGAACCAACAAUGGCUCUCAUAUACCGGUCAGUCUCUCGAAAGCUCUGUUGGAUUUGGUUUCAUGGACUUUGUCCACCCGGAUGACAUUGCCAAGUGCCAAAUUCUAAUCAAAGAAUCUAGUGACUCACGUGAAUUGGGUCAGAAGAAAUUAGCAAACAAGACUAGACUGUUAUCUCCGAUGUCCAGUGAUGACAAGUCUUCAUGUGAUUUCACUGAAGUUAUGACAGGGAGCACUUCUUUAUCUCGAACCAGUAGCUCGUCUAGUUCGUCUUCACAGGAGAGCCAUUUGUCAGAUAUCUCUGGGUUAACUCAAUCUAGCGCAAUUAAAGUUGAUAAGGAUAGUAACGGUCAAGUAUUCUACAGUACCGAAGUCCGAUUUCGGUCUAAGACUGGAGAAUAUCGAUGGCACCUUGUCCGUUGUGUUGAGGUCGAGAAUAUCAAUCUUGGGACUGGAGAUGGCUCAUGGUUUGGUGCUUGUGCUGACAUCAACGAUCACAAGCUAUUGGAAAUGAAGCUCAAGGAAGCAAUGGAAUCCAAAAGUAAAUUCUUGAGCAACAUGUCUCAUGAGAUCCGCACGCCUUUGAUUGGUAUAUCAGGGAUGAUCAGCUUCUUGCAGGACACAGUGCUCAACGAAGAGCAAAUGGACUAUUGCAAUACCAUCUCAUCAAGUGCUCAGGGUCUCCUUGCUAUAAUAAACGAUAUACUAGACUUGGCAAAAGCAGAUGCGGGAAUGAUGAAAUUAGCCUUUGAUUGGUUCCACGUCCGAUCGCUUGUCGAAGAAGUAAACGAGACUCUUUCAACCAUGGCAAUCACGAAACACCUCGAGGUUAACUACGUCGUAGAUGUCGAUGUUCCAGAGAUGGUAAAAGGUGAUAGAUUCCGCAUUAGGCAAGCACUUCUAAAUGUCAUUGGAAAUGCCAUAAAAUUUACCAGUGUCGGCGAAGUUUUUACGCGCUGUAAGAUGGUGUCAAACAAAGAUCGUAACCAACAUCUUGGCGAACACGAAGUAAUGCUCGAAUUUUCCAUAACCGAUACUGGCAAAGGUUUUACGCAGGAAGAGGCGGAAAUUAUCUUCAAGCCUUUCAGCCAGAUUGAUUCAAGCAGUACUCGCACACAAGGUGGAACAGGUCUUGGACUUGUGAUAUCUCGUCAGCUAAUCGAACUUCACGGAGGUAAGAUGGAGGGAACAGCUGUCCCAGGUAAAGGGUCCACAUUUACCUUCACCUCAGUGUUCGGCCUCCCGACAUCGGUUGAUUAUCCCGUAUCUCCUACGACUCCAGCUAUUGAAAAUUUACCCUAUAUUAACAACUCUGGAAAUUAUAUCCCACUUAGAGGUGCAAUAAACAAUACGAGAUCCUCGUCUUUAGUUAGCUCUAUUCAAGCUGAUACCUGUGUGAAUAUCGAACAAAAUCGUAAUUUAAAUGUUGAAGCGAGAUCAAACUUAUCUAUGGGCUCCAUGUCCAAUCCCGCAACCCCUUCCGCAUCAUCUGGCCAUUCCACCAAAACCGUCACUGAAGCAACAUCAAAAAGCAAAAGUGAGGCAACAGAACUAAAUAAGUCUUUCCUUCCAAAAGUCAAGCUUUCUAUUCCAGUUAAUCACUCUAUCAUACAAGCUGGCACGACCCCCCCCAACAACAUCAAAUCUCUACCAAAGCUGCACAGUAAACUAGAGUCUUAUCAAAAUUGUGAAACUAUGAUCAAACAUACCUGCCAACGUAUGUAUUCGAUCCUGCUCAUCUGUCCCCAGAAGUAUAGUCGGGAAGCUACAACUCAGCAUAUAGAAAUGACCUUAUCUAAGAAUGUUCCCCACGAGAUAAAAGCCCUCCCGAGCGUCGAAGACGCACAUCUAUUAAUUAAUGGAGAGGGGUCAAUUCAUUUUACUCAUAUUGUUCUUAAUCUUGGAACAGCAGACGAAGUUGUUCAUCUCAUUGAUCAAAUUUUGAAAAAAUCAGACUCGCAAAUAUCGAUUGUCAUUCUGUCAGAUCCUCUUCAGAGACAGGAAGUUAUGAAGAAGUCAAACCACCACGAUUACAUCCAACUCUCACAGGAAAACCGGAUAACUUUUAUUUUCAAGCCCGUCAAACCAUCACGAUUUGCAGUUAUCUUUGACCCCGACAAAGAGCGUGACUUGAGCACAGACCGGAACAGAUUUACUGCUCAGCAGAGAGUGGCCACUCAGAGGCAAAGCUACCUUGAUAUUGGGAAAAGGCUUGGAAAUAAAGGACUUCGGGUUCUACUAGUUGAAGACAACGCAACAAACCAAAAAGUUCUGUUGAAGUAUCUCGGAAAAGUCGGAAUAGCUGUCGACCUUGCUCUCGAUGGAUUGGAAUGCACCGAAAAAGUGUUUAGCAAACCACGCUCAUACUACUCUCUUGUCCUAUGCGACCUUCACAUGCCAAAUAAAGAUGGUUAUCAAGCCUGUCGCGAGAUUCGCGAAUGGGAAAAAAAACAAAACUAUAAUUCCAUGCCUAUAAUUGCUCUUUCGGCAAACGUUAUGACAGACGUAAUUGAUAGGUGCAAUAAAGCUGGCUUUAGCAACUACAUAACAAAACCGGUAGAUUUCAAAGUUCUGAGUACUAUUAUGGGCGAUUGUCUAGACCCUGAAGGAUCUCAAACAGUCGCUGGAGAUAGUGAAAAUAAAGUUCUUUGA